AUGAUGGAAACAUCAUCAACAAAACCUUCCAAUGUUCAAAAAAUGGACGAUUCCUCGUCUUCAGAGUCACUUGCAAUUGAUGUAGUAGCACCAUGUAGUCCUCCCAUUGUUGCAUCUGUCAAUGAUAGAAUCAGGCCACUUCUUGAUUGUGUUGAUAGGCUCCAUCACCUUAACAUAAUGCAAGAAGGAAUUCAACUGCCAACUAUCGUAGUAGUUGGUGAUCAAUCAUCUGGAAAAUCCAGUGUUCUUGAACCCCUUGCUGGCAUCAUUCUCCCUAAGGGACAAGGCAUUUGCACUAGAGUUCCUCUUAUAAUGAGGCUACAGAAUGAUCCACAAUUCAGUACUGCACCACAUCUGCUUGGAUACAAUGGGAAGUCAGUCGAUGUUGAUGAAGUUAGCGUUGCAGAUGCGAUCAUUCUUGCUACUGAUGAGAUUGCUGGACAUGGUAAGGGGAUAUCGAAUAAACUCUUAACACUUGUUGUGAAAAAGAAUGGUGUCCCUAAUUUGACCAUGGUGGACUUACCUGUCAUUACUAGAGUUCCUGUUCAGGGACAACCUGAUGAUAUUUAUGAGCAAAUUUCUGAUAUUAUCAAGACGUAUAUAUCUCCUCGAGAAAGCAUAAUCUUGAAUGUUUUAUCAGCUACUGUUGAUUUCCCAACUUGUGAGUCUAUCAGAAUGUCUCAAAAAGUGGACAAAACAGGUGAGAGGACUCUGGCUGUUGUGACGAAAGCGGAUAAAGCUCCUGAAGGAUUGCUUGAGAAGGUUACCGCGGAUGAAGUGAACAUAGGACUUGGUUAUAUUUGUGUCAGGAAUAGAAUUGGGAAGGAGUCUUAUGAAGCAGCUAGGAAAAAUGAGGCAGGGCUUUUUGAAAACCAUCCACUUUUGUCCAAGAUUGGUAAGUCCAUGGUUGGCAUUCCUGUUUUGGCUCAAAAGCUGGUGUGCAUUCACGCAACCAUUAUUUCGAAACCUUUGCCUGAUAUUGAGAGGAAAAUCAAUGACAAGCUUUCUACGAAUUUGGCUGAACUCAACAGGCUACCUCAGCAUUUAAGUUCUAUGGCUGAAGCUUUAACGACUUUCAUGCGUAUUCUUAGUUCAUUCAAGGACUCGUUAAAGAAAAUUCUUCUUCGAGGGGAGUUUGACGAAUACCCUGAAAAAAGAGAAACGCACUGCACAACUAGACUGGUUGAAAUGCUACAUCAAUUUUCUGACGAGCUACAUGCGAAGAAUUUCGAUGGAAGGGAUUAG